AUGUGGAGGGAAGGGCGUCAAGAGAGACUCCAUCAGCCGCAGCAGCAGCAGCAGUCACCGGCCGAAAAGAGUAUCGUCGACGAUCAUGACUCUGAGAAGGCCGGAAGAAACGAAGACGUUGAGCCAGGGGACCGACAUGUUUACUUGUCCCCAGCAGAGGUUGUCCGGAAAGUUGGAAGCCAGUUGAGUGGAGGCUAUCGAAGAACAUUUGAUGUUCAAGCCGAUGUCGUCUCGUCAGGCAUUUUGGACGACAAGACGGCUCGAGAUCUGGUUGCAGAAUUCGUCAGUCGAAGGCAGAAUACGCUCCUGAUCAACAGCGAAGCCGACCUCGCCCCAAAGAACAGGGACCUGCGGCACGCCUCGCCCUUUUUGCACGAUGCCUGCUGUCUGCACGCGAUGCGCUUUUCCGAGCACAGCUCGUCGGUGCUGCACCGCCGCGUGUUCGAGCACGUGCGCUUGCAGAUGGGGCAGCUGAUGAUUGCGAGCCCGUUACCUUUGGAAGAGUUGACGGGUAUCUUGAUCAUGGCCUUGUGGGCUUCAGCGCCAUCGGGACCGGAAUAUAUCGACAGCUGGUUGGUGAGCGGGCAUUGUGCGCAACAGGCCAUGUUGAGCAUCAACUUCUCAGAAGUCUUGUCGCGGACAAAAUCAAGAACAUCGACAGAUGAGGACCAGAGGGUCAUGCGACUUUGGGCCAACACGUGCUUGGUAAAUCUCCAUUGGGCCGCGACUACUAGUCGACCGGCAACCGUACCGGCCGCAUACCUCCUGCAGUGCAAGCUUCUUCUCAACUUUGAAAAGCCGACAAUGCUCGACGCCAUGGUCUACGCCGAGAUCAUGCUCUACAUGAUCCUACAAGACAAGUUUGCGCAACGAUCCUACUUAGGAAGCGAUGGCGCCUGCGAGGAGCUGUCGGCGUGGAAGACGAGGUGGAAUUACCUAUUCGAUCUUCCCGCCGCGUCAACAUUGAGGAUAAGUUACUCAAUAGCGUGGCUCAUCCUCGCUCGGCGUUCACUCGAACACGACCAAGCCACCUCGGACCAAGACUCCUUGUCCAGCUCACCGAGGCUUGCUCCGGCCGACGGACGAUCGGACAGACGACAUAGAAACGCGGAUCCGCAAGGCCCUCCCGACAUGACGCAUUCGCGCGUGCGAGCCUUUGCGACAGACGUCGUCAGGGCCUUUGUCGACAUGCCCGGCUCCCGCGCCGAGGAGCUGCCCGAGUUCCACCGCCUGUGCGUCGCCUAUGCCAUGCUCAUCAUCUCAAAGUACGAGCAGAGGUUGCCGUUACUUGAAGGGGCGACGCUGGUCCCGGAGUUUGACGAGUCGCUCUCCCUGGAGACAAUGGAUAUCUUCUUCAGCGGUGGCCACCUUGGGCUCGGCGACCAUUCAUUCUUCUAA